AUGGCGUCCGCCGCGAGCGUCGCGACGGCGACGCCGCGGCUCGCAUCGCGGCACCGCGCGCGAGCUCCGUCGAGAGCGAUACGCCGCGCGGCCGCCAUCGCGGCGUCGACGAACGCGAGCGACGACGACGUCGCGACGAGCGCUCGUCGCGACGAUCCGACCGUCUCCCGCGAGGAUCGCGCGCACGUCGUCCUCGGCGCGGGCGGCCGGACCGGCACCGAAAUCGUCAAGCGGCUCGUGCGGAACGGCGCGAACGUCCGCGCGUGCACGCGCAGCGGCGCGUUCGACGCCGCCGCGGCCACCUCCGCGCCGUGGUCGUCGACGCUCGUGACCAGAUGCGCGUGCGACGUCGCCGCCGGCGCCGCCGGCGUCGCGGCGGCGGUCGCGGGCGCGGACGUCGUGUACUUCGCGGCGACCGCGUCCGCGUCCGGGGACCCUGACGCGGUCGACAGAGACGGCGUCGUCGACGUCGCGCGCGCGUGCGUGGAGAACGACGUCCGAAGGCUCGUGCUCGUCUCCGGCGCGGGCGUCACGAAGCGCGAAGCGCCCGCGUACGGUUUCUUAAACGCGUUCGGCGGGAGGAUGGACGCGAAGGCCGCGGGCGAGGACGGGCUCAGGGCUGUGUACCAAUCGACGGCCGCGGUCGAGCGCGGGUGCACGUACACGAUCGUCCGCCCGAGCGGCUUACUCGACGGCGACGCGAAGGGCGCGGCUUCGCUCGCGGUGAACCAAGGCGACGAAGUCGCGGGGUUCAUCACCCGCGCGGACGCCGCCGCCGCGUGCGUGGAAGCCGCGGAGAGCGCCAAUUGCGCCAAUCGCACGUUCGAGGUGUACGAGCGCGACACCGCGGUCGCGACGGCGACGCUGUCGAUCGCGGACAUCCUGUCCGAUAGAACGCUCGCGAAGGUCGUCGCCUUCGCGGAGGGCGUUUUCCGUCGACGCGGCGGCGGCGAGGGCGACGGCGUAGCCGCGGAGGUUCUCACCGCGCGAGAGGUCACCUCGGAGACGUGGGAGGGGUUGUUCCGGGGGUUGACGAGAGAUGCGUAG